GCGUGCGCUCCGGGUUACGUGUCAGCAGGUUCGGUGGAGCCGUAGCGGGUGAUCAGCGAGCUGGGCAGUCCGGGUUCGGCGCUGGAGAGGGCCGCGGCGCGGGAGGCUGUCUUGGCCGGCAUGGUGGGGUUCGGAGCCCCGCGGCGCACGGGCCGCCUGCCGCCCUUCGUGUUGAUCGCCCUGCUGGCGGUGAUCGGACUGCUGGCCUUCAACUACUGGAGCGUGUCGGCCCGGCAGGCCGCGCUGCAGGACGAGCUGCUCGGGCUCCAGGCGCAGGUGCAGCGUAUCGAGGUGGCCCGGAGCCGGCUGGAGAAACGCAACUCGGAGAUGGUGCUGCAGGCGGACAGCCACCGGCGGCAGAUGGAGCAGCGGCAGGGGGAGUACCAGAGCCUGGGGGAGCGGCUGCAGGCUCGGGAUGGACAGGCUCAGCGCUGCGAGAUGGACAGGGCCAAGUUGCAGUCGAAUAUAUCACAUCAGAUGGUUGACAUCAGUCAUUUUAAGGAACAGCUUGCUGAGCUAAAACAGGAGUUUCUCCGUCAGGAAGAUCAGCUACGUGAUCUGAAGAACAACAACACAUUCCUUCAGAAGACAAUACAGGAAGAGAGUCAGCAGUGUACACAGCAGCUUGAGGAACAGAAGAGGGCGUAUGAAGAACGCUUGAAAAAAGUCAGUCUGGGAGAGAAGAUCACUUCAGAGAAACCGUCCAGCAAAGAUGGAGCUGGUGACAUAUUUGCAGUGGGCAAAAUACAUGCUGUGGUUGCAGAAGAAAAAGAAAGCAAAGUAGAGGAGCCUUCUAGUAACCGCUUACCCUAUGGUAAAGAUGCUGUUAAAGGGGACGGUGACGCAGGAAUGCCAGAGAUAGAAGACAGUGAUCCAGCCAGAGAAGAUGUCCUACCCACUGCAGGAGUUAAGGUGGAUCAGGGUGCCGUGCCAAAUGAUAAUUUGGUUCAAAUGUCAGACAAAUUCCCUUCUGUGCAGACCAACUCAUUUACUGAAGCCAAAGUUAAGCAUCUUGUAUCUGCUCCCAGGAAAGCCGACAGUGUCCUUGCCAUUAAUCCAUUUGUUCCCAAGCAAAGUCCAAAAGAGGCAAAGGCAUUGGAGUUUCCCAACGUAAAACAAAAUCGGUUCUUUGAUGAAAAUGAGUCCCCAGUAGAUCCGCAGCAUGGCUCAAAAGUUGCAGAUUAUAAUGGGGAUGAUGGGAACGUGGGUGAGUACGAGGCAGACAAGCAGGCAGAGCUGGCUUACAAUGAGGAAGAUGAUGGUGAUGGGGGAGAAGAUGAUGUGCAAGAAGAUGAUGUCCAUGAUGGACAGGGGGAUGCUGCUGAAUAUCGAAAAGAUCGUUUUGGUGAAACUCUGUGAGCUCAUAGAUAUGGGCAUGGGCCAACCAAGUUUCCAUUAAGAAUGCCAGAAGUUGAGAGUGUUCUGUGAUCUAUCACCUAUCCAGUACAACAGAUCAAAGAUCAAGUAAAGAUCUUAUUGAGAACGGUGCACAACAAAAGGAUUACUGUGGAUUUCUAACUUCUCUCUUUGUUGGAUGAACAGACCCAUAGAUGGACGUGGUGAUUCUGCACCAGUAAAUGCUACCAUAGACUAUUUGUGCUGAAUGGUGAUGUACCUCCAAUUAGUGGACUAGUUUUAACUUCUUUGUUGUAAGCUGUUCACAGGGACCUAUUGUUGGGGACAGAACUCCAUUUCAGUUUGCCUUCUUUCCUAUGGGAUGAACUGUUACCUGACCAAACAAAGAUGACUACACACACACACCUGUGUUUGUAAAGUGCAUACAAAGAACAAUCCACUUGGACCUAAUGUUGUAAUAAAUCAUGACCCAUUGGAUUCUUUUUCCAUCCACAAUGGAAAGUGCAAGGUGUCCACAGUAUUUCUAAUAAACUUUGCUUAAUAGAUGCAAAACAUCUUGUAUAGGCCCCGAAUAAAAAUUUGGGGCUGAAUCUGAGAGUGAAGGGCUGUUUAGAUUUAUUUUUUUAUUUUAAUCAGAGUGAAAUUGUCUGUAAGCAGAACUGCCAAGUAUCAGUUUCCCUGCAAAUAUUUGUAUACUAUAUGUAAUUUGUGUAAAUAUCAUCACAAUCUGUCCUGUGCAACAUGCCUCAGCCAAGUUGAUCCAGAUUAUUGAACACAUCAGAAAUUUUGGAAGGCGCUGUUGCGUCUUCACAAGUAUAUGCCUAGAUGAAUUUGUAAUGAUGGCAUUUUGAGAUACCUAGUUAAAAUGUGUACGUGGAACUGUAUGAAGAUCUACAAAUCUAUCCACAGCCAUAUGAUGUACAUACAGCCCUACACGUGCUCUUGUAAAACAAAUGGUGGGCAUUGUUUAAAAAGUAGGUUUUUCUGUAGAACAGAACAGUUGUCUCCACUGGAGCCUAAUGCUCGAGGUGUAAGUUUGAUAUCAAUAGAGAAGUACUGUGCAUGAGGGCAUUUAAAUUUAACAAUACAAAACUUUUAGUUCUGUAAUUCUAGUUGGAUAAAAGAUCUUUAAACUUGUUUUUGUUUUAUAAUUUAUUUGUGUAUUCAGGACUGGAAACAAAAUCCUGGAUUCUCUUUCUUACCCCCCCACCCCAUUCCCUCCAACAACAUGUUUGUUUGCAGCCCAUGUCAGAGGUUGUAAUAAAGGUGGUGAAAGGAG